CCCGCCAAAAAUGUGAUAGAAAGUCAACCAUGUCUUGAGGCUGUAUUUUGUGACAGGCGCAUAAUUAUGUCUAGUUGAACAGCACUAUUGGCGAGAGUCUAGUAUAUGGAAAAGUGAACUAUAUGUUAUAAAUGUCGACUCUGCAGUCUUGAUCGAACAGCUGGUACAGCAACUACUGUUAUUGCUAUAACAGUUUGUGCCUUGAAAAAAUGGCCUCCCCAUCUGGGGACAGACUUGAUGUGGAAGAUUACGUGUUGGACGAGAUCUUUUCUGAAUGGGGAGAUUCGCCACCCAUCGCAGAUUCAGAUAAUGAUACGGCGAAAUCGCACAAUUCUGAAUCGAAAAGUUUAGAGAAACCCGGGAAAGGAACACAGUCUGAAACCACAUCGAGUACCCAAGAAUCUGAAACCAUGGCGAGUUCCAAAGAGUCUGGAACCAUGGCGAGUUCCAAAGAGUCUGAAACCAUGGCGAGUUCCAAAGAGUCUGAAACCACAUCGAGUACCCAAGAAUCUGAAACCAUGACGAGUUCCAAAGAACCUGAAACCAUGGCGAGUUCCAAAGAGUCUGAAACCAUGGCGAGUUCCAAAGAGUCUGAAACCAUGGCGAGUUCCAAAGAGUCUGAAACCACAUCGAGUUCCAAAGAACCUGAAACCAUGACGAGUUCCAAAGAACCUGAAACCAUGGCGAGUUCCAAAGAACCUGAAACAUUGGCGAGCUCCAAAGAACCUGAAACAUUGGCGAGUUCCAAAGAACCUGAAACCAUGGCGAGCACCAAAGAACCUGAAACAUUGGCGAGUUCCAAAAUAUCAACCAGCACAGUAGUAUCGCUUAAUGACUUUCAACAGCUAUCUCUGUUGGAGAGAUUUCGUCCAGGGUAUCUCUGGGUCACAGAUUUGACGAAACAGAACUGGUGCGAGCAACAGCUGUUCUACGCAUUCACCAUCCCUUCGGUAGCAGUUGUGGAGGACACGCCCGUGAUGAAGGCGGGGACGGACUAUCACUUGGCUAGAGAACUAGCAACUCAUGAUGUUGUGAAAGUUGACGUCCAGUCAAGCGAAGACAUUUGGGCUGUCAAAAUGCUCAACCUGCAUUCGGCUGUGAGCACGUUCCUGAAUGGAGGAAACGUUGCAAGAGAGGUGCCGGUGUUUGGUGCGCCAUUCAAUGAGAACAUCCUGGUAGUUGGGCUCAUUGACGAAUUGCGUUUCGAUCCUUUGAACUACACCAUUGACUUGAAUGAGUUAAAAACUCGCCAGUAUUCUAACUUACCGUCUCACGCUCAAAAGAAACAACACAGUUUUCAAGUGAGUUUAUACAAGACUCUGUUUGACGAUCUCGUAAAAGGGAGAGUUUCCAAACAAUUCAUGGCUUCUUCCUUGAGGAUUGAUCUUCAUAAAGAGCUUGGCGGAUCAAUACGAGAACACGCAGAGAAACAAUUCGUCGAGAUAAAAACACUGAAUGAUCUCAUGGACAUUAUAUUCCACAAAAUACAAACUCUUACCUGUAUCAGUCAAGUUUUCAUCGAAUACGUUCAUCAGGAAUCAAAGCAGACGAUAGGUCACAUGGAAGUGGAGUAUGACGUCAGUGAAGUUUCGAACUUGUACAAGAACUAUGUGCAAUUCUGGAGAGGAAACCGAUCAGCGGAGGGUGUAGAUAUAGAGGAGGCGUGGAAGUGCCAGAGGUGUGACUUUAACUCGGUUUGCGAGUGGAGAGAAAAGAAGGCGAAAGAAUACGAAUUUAAAAAUAAACAGAAAAAUAAACGUUGCAAAUAGGCCUAACAUAGAUUUUCCUAUUAUUUAUUGAUUUGAUAUAUUUGAAAUUCAUAUGUAUAUUUGAUAUAUAUAAAAUAAACGAA